AUCCACCCAGCUGCGGAAGUCUUUCCAGGUUACUUGCUGCUCUGUCCAUGCUUUACCAUUCGAGGUGACUUUCGUUACCUAUCUCGUGCUGUUUUAUAAAAUAUCGCACAUAUUGACGAUGGCGGAUUUUAGUAGUUUCGACAUGCCGUCAACCGGUUCGUCGGAAAACGCGGACGCGGCGGAACUUCAGCGUCUGAUCGCUGUGGAGCAGCAGAAAGCACAGUUUCAGGCCCAGGUGCACAACUUCACAGAUGUGUGCUGGGACAAAUGUAUAGAGAAGCCGAGCUCAAAACUGGACUCGCGCACUGAGGCAUGCCUUGUGAGCUGUGUUGAACGCUUCAUUGACACCACGCUCGCCAUCACGAACCGCUUCACACAGAUGGUGCAGAAGGGCACACACUGAGCAUGCUGUCACAGUGCGACCUCUCAAGGACAAGUGGCCUACGUUCCUUUGAGCAGCCUGUGCCUCGCUGGUGAAUAAGAAGGAAAGGUCUACUGCCGUAGUCUCAGACUGAAUCCCAAAUGACUCUUUACUCCCUAUAGAUGUGCACUACUUAGGGUAUGAGAAAGUGACUUCUACCUCCAAUUUCAGCAUGCCAGUAUAUGUCCUUACUCUAGCAUAAUUCAUUAAUUCUUCCACUUUAAUGUACCCAGGGACAGGUCUAGAAAUCCAGAGCCCCCUGAGAAAAUUUUCCAAUGAACCCUUCCUCCCCACUCCAGCAACGUCUACCUUAAUGUAACCCUGAAUAUGCCAUUUUAACCCACUAAAAUUAGCCCAGGAACAUCACCUUUAUCCUCAUUAAAAUGCAAGUAUCUUUAAGCAUCCCCAUGGUCUUGAUGCCACCCAGAAUAGCUAUUCAGCAAUUUAUCUGCUAGUAGACAAAGUAGCAUUUGUCACAGAUAUCAAUAUCUUGAUUUGCUUUCUAAUAUUCUUAGUGAGUUAUUUAACAUUAGUGAAACCUGUCCAAAUAUACAAUAAGUUUUUCCAGUAACACUGAUUAACUGGUUAGCUAGCUAGCACAAUACACAGGUUCUGUCGUUGUCCUCUAGGAACCGGCAAUCAUACAUUGGGCAUGAUUGUUGCCAAGCUGAUUAGAUUGCUAAUUUAGCCCAGUAUUAAUAUUAGUGUUGAUAAUUGGAAUCAGCCAUCUUUAACCAUUUAAAGAGUUUGGGGGUACUUUACCAAAUCACAGUGCUGCUCAUGCUCCAUGUAAUAUCCUGUACAUCAAAUAUGGAGCCAUUUGGGAUUUAGCCUCAGUGUUUGAGGUCACAACACAUCUCAUACCUUCACUUAUGUCAUAUUUACGUGAGAACAACUAGGGACUAUUCCCAGUGGACUGUGUGUGAUUAUAGUAACAGUUUCACUUAAUGAUUCUCUCACCACAUCAUUAUUUCCAAGCUGCUAUUGUCCUUAUCCUUGCAGCCCUUUGGACUUUUGUUUGAAAUUACAAUCAGCGUAUGGUUAUGAUGAUCAGACGUAACAAUUAGCUCACUGAUAGCCUGGAUUAACUGUCAAGUCUGUGAAUUUCAGGCUUAUUUUUGAAGUUCAAGAUGUUUCUGUAUGUGUAACAGCUGUGGUGUGGGUCUAAUGGGUUUCUCAUUUUGAUAAAUGUCAUAAGAAAUUACAUCAUAUAUGCUUUUUCAAUUAAAUAUUAUUUGUAACUCUA